AUGUGUAUCGUCCAAUGGUCAUUGCCAUUGGCCAGUGGUGAACAAGGUUCGGCUGGUCAGCUUUGCAAGUCCCGCUUCGCCUUGUCGCCCGACACGCGAGACCUGCAGCAGCUUGCAAGGCGGACCACCAAGCCCGCUUGGAGCUUUCCCGGCAAUCGUCCAGCUCACGCAUCAAGGGCGGUCAGGGCGGUGUACGCAUUCGGCGCUCGAGCUUGCGCGGCCGCCUGGAAUGGUCGACGUUGUUGGGGGCCCCAAGGCAGUUUUAGUAGCAAGGACGGAAGCUCAGCUCCAGUCGCUUCGACAGCGAAGUUUGGAAGGCCAGACAGACGCGCCGCCCGAGCCCGCAAGAAGAUAGCCGACAACCUUCAGCAAGCCGAGACAUAA